CAAUCAAAAUCUGCAGUUUCUAAUCAAAGCAAUAAUCCAACAGGCAAAAUUAGUCUUUAAUUUCAUCAAGAUUUCACUUAUUUGAAUAUUUCUUUAUCCAAAUUAAGCGAUGAAGUAUUCCAUUUGCCUCCUUUUGGCCGUUACCCUUGUGGGUUUGGCUUCUUCGUUAGUCUAUGCCUCCGAUCCAAGCCCUCUACAGGAUUUCUGUGUUGCAGUCAAUGAUUCCAAUGCUGCCGUUUUUGUAAAUGGAAAGAUUUGCAAGGACCCAAAGAUGGUCACGGCCGACGAUUUCUACUUUUCGGGUCUCGACAAGCCUGGAAAUACGUCAAAUUCUGUUGGAUCAAGAGUGACUCAGGUGACUGUCAACCAACUAGCAGGACUUAAUACCCUUGGCAUUUCUUUAGUCCGCAUAGACUAUGCACCGCAAGGCCUUAACCCGCCCCACACGCACCCUCGUGCAACCGAGGUCCUUGUCGUAGUCGAAGGCACUCUCUAUGUCGGGUUCGUGACUUCCAAUCCUGCAGAUCCAAACAUGAAGAACAAGCUAUUUACCAAAAUACUACAUCCAGGAGAUGUUUUUGUCUUCCCUGAAGGCCUCAUUCAUUUCCAGUUUAAUGUUGGGAAGAAGAAGGCAGUUGCAUUCGCGGGUCUAAGCAGUCAAAAUCCUGGAGUCAUAACCAUUGCAAACGCUGUUUUUGGAUCAGAUCCAUCCAUUUCUCGUGAUGUUCUUACAAAGGCAUUCCAGGUUGAUAAGAAUGUGAUUAAAUAUCUUCAAUCACAGUUCUAGGAAGGGAAAAGAUGGCAUCCAUUUUUAGUAGUAAUCUAAGGUAUAUUUAUUUGGGGUCCUGAUGUAAUAAAGUGCAUUUAUGCUCUAAGAAUCUUUAUUAAGAAUAAAUGGUGAUAUAGUAUUUAUAUAAUUGCGUCAUAAUUCUGUCAGUCUGCAUAAAUUGAAUGGCGAAAGAUAUAUUUAUGGGUU